AUGCGGCGGUCUAUCUGGUUUCCUCGACCGCUCGUGCGGGCUCUCCGACCCGUCCAGCACUUUCAGUUAGCAUCGAAAAGAUGCUUCGCGACCACUCCCUGUCUCGCAAUUGACCAACGGCGCGUUGCUGGGAAAAUUGAGAUCAAAACCAUCGAUGACAAAAUCGCCGCAUUCACACUGAACGAAAGGAUCCGGUCUCCCAAAGUCCAACUCAAAGGUCCUGAUGGCAAGCUCUCUGAGCCGCAGCCGCUCUACAAACUGCUCGAUUCGAUUGACCACACCACCCAGUAUGUGCUACAAAUGAACAAGCCCGCAGAAGGCGAGAUGGCUAUUGUGCAGAUUGUCACCCGUACCGAUCUAAUCCAAAGGAUUAACCGCCAAGAGGAUCUGUUGAAGAAUCAGAAACGGCUGGAGAAGGAGAAGAGACCGAAACAGUUGGAGCUCAACUGGGCCAUUAGCGCCAAUGACCUCCAGCUCAAGAUGAAGCAGAUGCAAGAGUUUCUAAAGAAAGGAAAGAAAGUCGAGCUCCUGUUGGCAAACAAAAGGCACCAGAGAAAAGCGUCGCAGGAGGAAGCAGAGACGUUGCUGAAGAACGUCAGAGAGAAGAUCGAGGAAGUCGGCGCCGCCGAAGUCGUGCCUAUGGAGGGUGCGAUUCUCAGGCAGGCUCUCUUGACUGUGAAGAUGCGCGGAACCUGA